GUUCAACACGUGAGCCGCUGCCGGGUUCAGGUUACACAACUUUACUGCUGCUCCUGCUGCCGCUAUAUAGCAACCCCCCCCCCCCCCCCCGACUCCGACAAUCCGUCGUCUGCCGUGAAGGAGCCUGGCUGCACAAACCACAGCUCUCAAGAUGUUCCACACCAGCCUGGUGUCCCUUGCAGUGCUGCUGUGCUCUGCCCUCUUGGUCGAUGGAGGGAAGGUCUUGGUGUUCCCUGUAGAUGGAAGCCACUGGAUCAACAUGAAGGUCCUCAUCGAGGAGCUUCACUCCAGAGGGCAUGAGAUCACAGUCCUGCGACCGUCCGACACCUGGUACAUCAAGCAAGAUUCUCCCCACUAUAAGUCCAUCACCAUCAAUUCCUCAGCUGGUUUUGAUGAGGAAAACUUUGGCUUAUUAAUAUCCUCAAUGGUGAACAUGCGUCUGGAAGGUGCAUCACUAUGGAAAUACAUAUCUAUGCAGUACAACAAAUUUAACGUGUUGUAUUUCAUACAUAAGCAGGCCGUUGAGAUGGUGGAGCAGAUGUUUCAGGACACCAAACUGAUGCAGAGCCUUCACGAUGCCAAUUAUGAUUUGGUUCUGACAGAUCCUGCUAUUGGUGGAGGUGUGCUUCUGGGUCACCGCUUGGGUCUUCCACUUGUCUUCAAUGUGAGGUGGACCAUUCAGGGUGAGGGACAUCAGGCAAUAGCACCAUCCCCAGUCUCAUAUGUCCCAAUACAAGAGUCAGAGCUGACUGACAAGAUGACCUUCAAUCAGAGAGUCAAGAACUUCCUCUUCUAUUUAUUUACACGUUUUCAAGUUUGGUACACUGUGGAUUCAAACUACAAACCUUUUGUCCAGCGUCACUUCGGCAGUGAUGUACAUUACAUGGAGCUGUUCCAAGCGGCAGAUAUCUGGCUGAUGAGGAACGAUUUUACCUUUGAGUUCCCAAGACCCACGAUGCCGAACAUCAUCUACAUGUCGGGGUUUCAGUGCAAACCCUCCAAGCCUCUGUCCAAAGACCUGGAGGAGUUUGUCCAGAGCUCUGGUGAACAUGGGGUCAUCGUUAUGACGCUGGGAACGCUGGUGGCAAACCUUCCAGAGGACGUCACUGACCACAUCGCAGCAGCUUUUGCCAAACUUCCUCAGAAGGUGAUCUGGAGGCACCAAGGAACAAGGCCGUCCACUCUUGGGAACAACACCUUACUCUUAGACUGGCUGCCUCAGAACGACCUCCUGGGUCACCCCAAGACCAGACUGUUUGUGGCCCAUGGAGGAACCAAUGGAAUCCAGGAGGCCGUCUACCACGGCGUUCCCCUGGUGGGCCUGCCUCUACUGUUUGAUCAGCAUGAUAACUUCUUCAAGAUGAAAGUAAGAGGUGUGGCCAAAGUCAUGGACAUUGCAACUGUGAACAGAGAGAACUUCUUGGAGGCGCUGGAGGAGGUUCUCUAUGAACCGAGCUACAGGGAGAACAUGAGGAAGCUGUCCAACCUGCAGAGAGAUCAGCCCAUCAAGCCACUGGACCAUGCCGUGUUCUGGAUCGAGUUCGUCAUGAGGCACAAGGGGGCGCCGCACCUCAGGACCGAGUCUUAUAAGAUGUCCCUGGUCCAGUACUACUCCAUCGAUGUCAUUGGCUGUCUGCUGGCAGUUGGGUUGGCAGCAUUCACUCUCUUUAUUGCUGUCAUCAAGUUUUUGUGGCGCAGAGUGUUUUACAGAAGCAAAGUAAAAAAUGAAUGAGAGUGCUGCAACAUUUCACAAUUUUAUGAUCUGAAUUUUGAUUCAUGAAAACGAUACUAAGUCUUUCACUAUGUGCAGCUGAACGCAGCAAGCUCCUCCCACCUCCCACCUGGAGUAGAGGUUUCAACUGUGGCCACUGCCCACAGCCAACAGCUCAGUCCAACCUGCUCCUUUACCUUUAUAUACUUAUUCAUUAUUAAUGUUUGAUUCAAAUAAAACUGUUCUGAUGAACACGAUGGGAUUCUCUAUAUAUAAGAGUCCACUGUGAGUGAGUAGCUGCCACUCAACAAAAUCACGACUGUUUGUUGUCCUAGCUCCUAAACGUUGGAACGAGCCCCCCAUUGACAUCAGGACAGAAAGACCACCCGUCGUCCUCCGGAGAGGAAGGACACAUCUCUUCACACUAUACGCUAAGAAGAUUAUGUCUAAUAAGAAUCUUAAACUCCGGUGUUUAUAUAUAAAAAGCAGAAAAUUCCUCCUGCCGAGAAAUUAAGAAUGUGUGCCUAGACACGGAGAGAACGUCUACAGACUACCUACAGACUGUCUACAGACUGCCAACAGACUGCCUACAGACUUUACACAGACCGCCUACAGACUGCCUACAGACUAUCUACAGACUCCCUACAGACUACCUACAGACCGCCUACAGACUGCCUACAGACUAUCUACAGACUCCCUACAGACUUUAGACAGACUGCCUACAGACUGCCUACAGACUAUCUACAGAGUGUAUACAGACUUUAGACAGACUUCCUACAGACUGCCAACAGACUGCCUACAGACUGCCAACAGACUUCCUACAGACUGCCAACAGACUGCCUACAGACUGCCAACAGACUGCCUACAGACUGCCUACAGACUGCCAACAGACUGCCUACAGACUACCUACAGACUGUCUACAGACUGCCUACAGACUUUAGACAGACUGCCUACAGACUGCCUACAGACUAUCUACAGAGUGUAUACAGACUUUAGACAGACUUCCUACAGACUGCCAACAGACUGCCUACAGACUACCUACAGACUGUCUACAGACUGUCUACAGACUGCAUACAGACUUUAGACAGACUGUCUACAGACUGCCUACACACUUUAGACAGACUGCCUACAGACUGUCUACAGACGGUCUACAGACUGUCUACAGACUGCAUACAGACUUUAGACAGACUGUCUACAGACUGCCUACACACUUUAGACAGACUGCCUACAGACUGUCUACAGACGGUCUACAGACGGUCUACAGACGGUCUACAGACUGCCAUGUGGCCGCUCAGUACUCGUCCUCUUCGCCUUCUAAGAACGUGCUGCUGCUUGAAUUGUAACAUCAAAGACAUCAAAGGAAUCUGUCCUGGCAAAACACGCUCAAAAAGAGAAAGAUACACUCUAGCAAUGCCCUUGAACAACUUGCGAUUAUUCAUAAACUAUAAUUCCAAUUUGUGAAAUAAAAACACUGUGAGCAUCCCAAGACUUUGCCGAGCAAAUAGAUAUAUUUUUUAAUGGUAAGACUAAAACAAAUUGACAGUGGGAGUGAAUUAGAAAAGUUUGGCUUCUUCCAGAAAAUUCCUCUCAAAAUUAACAUUAGACCCAAUGGGGAAGAGACAGCUCUUUGCUCUUCUGCACUCCCCGAACAACUACUUGGUUCUCAAAAACUAUAAGGCCUAUCUGUGAAAUAAAAACAAGGCGAGAAACCCAAGACCUUGCUGGACACAGAAAUGUCUUUUUUAUUGGUUAGAGUUAAGAAAUGGGACCGUGGGAGCCAGUUAGAUAAUCUUGACUUUCGGGCUCGCUACCGAUAUUUCCUCUCUAAAUUAACAUGGGCCUGAAUGGAGAGGGUUCAGAGAACUACAGUAUAAAAAAUGCGUACAACCAAAUGUUCAGAUCUGAUAUAUUUCAUAGUGACAUUUCAGCGAAGCUUUUGUGGCUGCUUUUGGCAAUUUUUGAAUUUAAAAAUGAAAUGCACUGAUAUAUGGCAGCUACAUGUAGCACGUGUAGUUGGGCUUUUGAAGCUUAUUGCACUUGUAUGAUUUUUGCUGCUCUUGGUUUGUUCCCUAAUGGUUGAAUGAAAAAAUUGUAAUUUACAUUGGAUAAAAGUGACUUAAGAUGAUAUGUAAUGUAUUUUCCAUGUACACCCACAGAAUUUUAUAAGCUUAAUGUACGCUCAAACACAUUCAUUCAUGGCAACAGGCUUCUGUCUUAUGAGGAAUCGCUCUAUAUAAUGUUACACUUUAUAAUGUCCUUCAAUGCUUUUUGUACAAUGACCAACAAUACAAAUGAUUGUCAAAUGUUUUAAAAUAAAGAUGCUUAAAAUAUAUGAAAAAUAAAUAAUGCACAACAGUCGAACUCA